AUCAUGGGUGAGAAUGGCCCAACUGAGACAGCCAUGUUCUUUGAAGAGGAUGAGGACGAUGUCGACAAACUGGGCAGAGAGGACUAUGAUGAGUGCAAAAUGGCUGAUUCUGACAAAGAGGACAUGCUGAUUCCCAAACCCUCAUCGUCCUCAGCACGGGUGUAUGACCGCACCACAGUACUCAUUGAACAGGACCCUAUUCAUCUGGAUGAGGAAGGAGAAGAGGAUGGCCACUGUGGGCCAGAUGACGAUGGUGUGGCGUUUUUGGCUAAUGGUGAUGGAGACGAGGAGGGGACACUGGCUUUCAUGUCGGACCCAGAUAGCAUGGCACAGGGCUAUGUGCAUCACACGAUCUCACCCGACCAGAUCCAGUUCAUCAUCAAUCCCGGGUCCACCCCCAUGCCCCGCAACAUUGAAGGAGCCACUCUUACGCUGCACUCUGAGUGCCCGGAGACUAAGCAGAGAGAGGUAAAGAGGUACCAGUGCACUUUUGAGGGCUGCACUCGCACCUACAGCACGGCGGGAAACCUGCGUACACAUCAGAAAACACACCGUGGAGAAUACACCUUUGUUUGCAACCAGCAGGGCUGUGGUAAAGCCUUCCUGACCUCCUACAGCCUAAAGAUCCAUGUUCGAGUGCAUACUAAAGAAAAACCAUUUGAGUGUGAUGUACAGGGUUGUGAAAAAGCCUUCAACACACUGUACAGGCUGAAAGCACAUCAGCGGCUGCACACAGGAAAAACAUUUAACUGUGAAUCAGAAGGAUGCACGAAGUACUUUACCACUCUCAGUGACCUGAGGAAGCACAUUCGUACACACACAGGAGAGAAACCGUUUCGGUGUGACCAUGAUGGCUGUGGUAAAGCUUUUGCUGCUAGUCACCACCUGAAAACACACGUGCGGACACACACUGGAGAGAAGCCUUUUUUCUGCCCUAGUGAUGGCUGUGAGAAGACGUUUAGUUCACAGUACAGCCUGAAGAGUCACAUUCGGGGCCAUGAUAAGGGCCCUUCAUACCCAUUUAGCCUCAGCCAUCCUCUGUCAGAGGAUGCAAAUCAUUCUCUGUGCCUCAGUGAUUUGAGCCUCAUUUCCACAGACUCUGAGCUUCGAGAAAAUAUCAACAAUUCUCAGAACUUGGAUCUGAAUAAUAUCACUCCUGUGAGGAUAUUCGAGUUGAUGUUACAGAGCCCUGAAAACAAUCUUAGUCAAGAUGACCUGCAUCCAUCUGAUAACCUAGGGGAAGCUUUUGGCUUGGAGACCCCACCACCACCGGCAGCAAUGACUGAUUCAUCCACUCUACUACCCUUCUCUCAGAUGCCUUCAUCCUCCUCUUCUUCUAGCUCUCUCACCACUCCUGUCCUAGAGAACUCCACACAGCCUGGCUCCUCCUGCUGUCAGGCAUCAUCCACCAACAGCUCCACACACACCUCUCCGCAGUCUGCCACCUUCCCCUCCUUCCUCCAUACCUCACUACAAACACCAGAAGUGCCCACACUAGCUCCGCCUGCUGCCACCCAACACUACACCCCAGUGGUGCCCACAACACCUGCCAGCUCCAUACCAGUCUCUGUCUCAACAGUGGCCAGCGUCUCAAGUCCUGCAUCAGCCAUCAGCACAGAAGCAGCUGCAGCAGUAACACACACAGUGCCUUUAGCAGGCAAUUCUAAUCUGGCACACACACCCACCAUCACCAUUGCACCCACGCAGGGCCUCCUGCAGCCCAGCCUUGUCAUGUCUGACCAGAAUCUGCAGUGGAUCCUCAGCAGUGCUGCCAAUGCACAGCACACUCCUGAACAGCAGGGCCCAAAAGUGGAAAAGGUCUUCUUCACAACAGCCAUACCUGUAGGAGGACAUUCAGGGAACCCUGUGCAGCAGAUUGGCCUUAGUCUCCCCGUCAUCAUCAUUAAGCAGGAGGAGGCAUGCCAGUGUCAAUGUGCCUGCAGAGAUUCGGCUAAAGAAAGGAGCUCCGGUCAGAGUGCUGCCUCCUCACAGCAGGAGCCUAAAGACAUUUCUCCACCACCUCCAACUCCUUCAGCCACACAUGCUGUUCCAGAGUGUUGUUCCACCAAGGUGAGCGCUGCUCUUUCCUCUGGCUCCACUCAGACCUUCCAUAGUGAGGCAGUGGUGUCCAGCACUCCCUCAGACAGCCUGGCCAGUGUGGAUGUAGUGGACCUACUCAGCCCUGAAACCACAGCCAACAUCGAGGCACUGCUGAUGGUCAUGGAUGAGGGCAAUAGAGGAACCACCACCUAGAGGAAGUUUAGGGUCAAACCCCCUCAGUCAUUUGUGUUCAUUUCUUUUAAUGGGCACCAUUAUUUCAAUUGUUAUGCCGUUUUGCUCUGCUUCAUAAGGUUGUCUUCAUAAGGGGUCAUGUGUAAGAAGUCUAUGAUCUCUGAUCAGCUUUGAGCUUUCCUGUUCCAAAACAUGAUCUUCCGGACAUGGGCUGCUUAAUACAUGUGAAUCUUUAGCUAGUAUUUUACUCACAGUGCACUCUGAUUAAUUCAGACCUGUGCUAUUUGUGCACUUUCAUAUUAUAGAAACAUCCCCACUGAAAAUAGAAGUUUGUAAGUAGCAAAGGUCUGUCUGAAGUUGCUUCACCGUUUUGCACUGUAUAUUGGUCCUUCCAAACAUUCUCAUGAUGUUCUGUGGUCUGUUCAGACUACUGUAACAGUCCCUGUGGCACAUCAGAGAAAGAGUAUAAAAGGACAAAAAAAAAAACCAUUGGGACAAGUGGAUGGGGUUAAAAAUACAAAGAAUCAAAUAAUCGCUAUGUACCAACUCAGAUUAUACAAAAUCCAAGCAAUAUUAUAAAUCUUAAUUAUUCAGAUGGUAACAUUUUGGUAGUAUAAAUUGAGUUAUUUAGUGUAGUUUGGAAUAGAAUAGGACAUUUUAUAAGGUACAGGCCAGUCGUAGAUUGACGAACUCGAUGCACUGAGAACAAAUUUGACAAAGACAAAUUUGAGUUAAUUACCAGUCACACUGAAAUUAACAAAAUGAAAUGUUCACAUGUGAUUCACCAGAAUGUACUGCAUGUCAGUGUAAUUGGCAUACCGGGCCCUCUGAAUGGAUAGUAAAGCUCUUUUUCAGACCGUGCUCAUUCAAAUCCAGAACAUGCCAUGUACUAUGAAAAGUGUUUUAUGUGUAAUUUAUUUAGGAAGACUACAGUAGCCCAUGAAAUGUGAUUCUAAUGUAAUCUUGAAGCAGUUUCUGUCAACAGAAAUAACUUGCUUUUAAGUGUAAAUGAUAGCUAUUUGUGGUUGGCUGCCUGUAACAUUUAUUUAAUUUUAGAUGUUAAUUUAUUAAAAUUUAUAUGAUUUAGAACAAUGCAGUACAUAUUUUCGAUAAAAUAGCCUACUUUUUAACUUGGUGGACCAAGUUUUUUCCAUCUUUAUUUUUGGUGGAGUCAGCCACUGAAUUAAACGAAAGAUAUAUAUUUUUUUCCCUCCUAUUUUUCUUGCCUUUGGGUUACAGUUCAGGCAGGGUAAUGCAGCUGGAGUUGCCCAGCCUUGUUGCUGCUUUGUUGUUACUGAAUUGAUUUCAGCCUCUGACCUUUCUUCCUUUUAUUUAGACCCAUGUAAGUCUCACUGUUGUGGCCUGCUCAGGGAUAUAGAAAUGCAGAGGUAUACAGCAUGUCCCUGAAAAUACAUAGAAAUUGCAGCAGAACUGUAAUAACUCAAACUGUUGUGUAAUACAUGCUUGUUGUGCAUUACCAAGCCAAGGUUUAGAUAAUCAAGAGAACAUCUAGUUAACAUCCCUGCACCAGUAAACCAGUUUAUACACCACUGCUGUAGAGGUUUUAAUGAGUUUAUUAUAAUGUAAAUGUUGUGUAUUUGAAAUUACAAAUGUUUAAGCCCUUAGAUUGUAUUUGUAUUUUUGUAUAGAACUACGUGGGGUAAUCACACUUUGGGUUUGACGUGGAGAACAUGGCACUGCACUGCCGGUUUCCUUUGCAACCCACCAUCAAUUCACAAUGCAGUAGAUUUUGGAAUUUUUUUGUUUGUUUCUCUCUGGGGGGGGGGCACCUGGGUCAGUACAGGAAAUACACAAACAUAUUGUGCACUGUGGCGUGGAAUGGCUACUGUAUUUGUUACCCAUAUUCAGGAAGCUGCCCUACAGUUUUGAUAGACGGUGGCUUUUAGGCUACUACAUCUUAAAGGCCUUGUUUGCCACAACUUCAAUCCUCACAAAUUGUGACAUUUCUUGUUGCAUGACAUGAAGGAUGAGAGAUUUGGCUAGAGGUUACUUAAAUUUUUUUUCAGCCAGUUGUUUUGUCAAAAUACACUGUCACAGUUUAGCACAGUUUCUGACCUUUCAUAAAUUUAGGAAGAGCCUACACCUAUUGAUGCAACUUCAGAUCUUUGCAUGUCAAUCUGCUGGGGUUUUUUUUUCCCCCCAACUACAAUAUGAAAACUAAAGAAGAAAAAAAAAAACUUUACACUGUUCAUUUAAAAUUGUACAAUGAAAAGGCUCAUUUUGCCACUACUUGCUGGUACUAAUUAAGCAGAGUCCAAUAAAUUGAAGUUAUGAAAGUUUGUUAUACUUACUAUAAAUACUUUUCCUUUACUGAACACUAAUUUUGGCCAAACCAUUGUAGAAUUAUCUAUGCAAAAAAAAAAAGUUUGUGUAUUUUAUGAACCCAGAUCCCUCAACCAAGCCUCAGCUCCCUUUGUUAAAUACUGAGUGAAAACACCUUGCAUCAGUAUUUAGUCAUUAUUAUGCAAGUUUCCACUUGUACAAAUCUGCUGUCAAAUUGCAGUUAUGUAAAUAUACUACACAAGCCUUGCUACUGGGAACUGUAAUAUCUUUUAAAGGAGGCCUACAGUAGUUAGCAGCUAUAUUUAGUUUUAAUCUUUUAUUUGAUGUGUAUAUGGGCAUUGUAAUCCUUUAGUAGUUGUCUGUCCACUGAAAGUUUGACAUACCUUAACAUUAAUGCAUGGUAUCCAAAGGGGAAACAUCCUUUAAAAAAAAAAAAAAAAGUGAUACAAUUCUGUUGUAAGAAUUGUAGUUGUCCAGUUUAAUUUGUUAGAGUUUGAACAUGCCUUCCCCCCCACAGGACUCCAUUGAGUCAAAUCACGUCUUGCUCUUUGUACUCCCUUUAACCUAAAUUAGAGGACAUUUUAGAUAUUAAACUGUUCAUUUUUCCUUAACUUUUUUUCAGAUGCUAAUUUUCUCCCGAAUCACAAUUCAUUCAAAUUAAAUGACCAUUGUUUUCCAGGCUAAAGCAGAACAUUGUAGCAUGCACUGGGUUGUGGGGAGAGCGCAAGCGUGAUAAGAUGGGGAGACAAAAAUGCUUCCAACACCCAAAGUGUGAAGAUAAACUAUAAAGGAUCUGUAUUUUUAAGGAAUGUAUAAUGUGAAGAUGCUCUCAUAUGCUUGUUUUGUAUAAAAGUGAUGGCAAAAGUACUAACUUUUUGAACUAAAAUUCAGCAAUACAUCAGUGAAA